UUCCGUUUCCGGCAGCACCAGAUAAGUCGCGAGAGGAAGCUUAAAUCCUGUCGUUUGUGUGUAGGACCACUUUCGGUGAGUGGUCGUUCCGGUAUGCUUUGUUAGAGGUUCAUCAUGGUCCGUAGUGGAAAAAAUGGUGACCUUCAUCUUAAACAGAUUGCAUAUUAUAAACGAACUGGUGAAUACCAUCCAACUACACUACCAAGUGAAAGAAGUGGCAUAAGAAGAGCAGCAAAAAAAUUUAUCUUCAAAGAAAAAAAGCUCUUUUAUGUUGGAAAAGACAGAAAACAAAACCGUUUGGUAAUUGUUUCAGAAGAAGAAAAAAAGAAAGUCCUAAGAGAAUGCCAUGAAAAUGACACUGGAGCUCAUCAUGGCAUAUCCAGAACCCUUACUCUAGUGGAAUCCAAUUAUUAUUGGACUUCUGUGACCAAUGAUGUCAAACAGUGGGUAUAUGCCUGUCAGCAUUGCCAAGUGGCAAAAAAUACAGUUAUUCUAGCACCGAAACAGCACCUUCUGAAGGUGGAAAAUCCAUGGAGUAUAGUUACUGUUGAUCUGAUGGGCCCAUUUCAUGCAAGCAACAGAAGUCAUGUUUAUACUAUAAUCAUGACAGAUUUGUUCACAAAAUGGGUUGUGAUUUUGCCUCUCUGUGAUGUUUCAGCAUCAGAAAUUUCUAAAGCUAUUAUCAAUAUAUUUUUCUUAUAUGGACCACCUCAGAAAAUAAUAAUGGACCAAAGAGAAGAGUUCAUUCAUGAGAUCAAUGUUGAACUGUGUGGAUUAUUCGGCACAAAGCAAAUUGUAAUUUCUCAUACCUCCCAAACCAUUAAUCCGACUGAAAGUACACCUAGCACAAUCAAAGCAUUUCUUUCUAAACACUGUGCUGACCACCCAAACAACUGGGAUGAUCACCUAUCAGCCAUUUCAUUUGCGUUCAAUGUAACUCACUUGGAGCCUCCUAAAAAUACACCAUAUUUUCAAAUGUUUAAUCGCAAUCCUUAUAUGCCUGAGACUUCAGAUGCUCUUCAUGAAGUGGAUGGUGAUGAUACAAGUAUGUUUGCCAAAAUUCUAGGUGCAAUUAAAGAAGCUGAUAAAAUAACAGAGAAUAAGACAACUUCAGCAAGACAGUUGGAGAACAGCAAUCCUGAUGAACUAAAUAAAAGCAAGAUCAUUGUUAAAAAGAAACCAAAGCAAUUAAAUCCAUUUCAUUUGAAAGUGGGUCAUGAAGUUUUAAGACAAAGGAAAAAUUGGUGGAAGGAUGGUCGGUUCCAGUCUGAAUGGGUUGGUCCUUGUGUCAUAGACUAUAUUACAGAAGGUGGAUGUGCUGUUCUGAGAGACAACACUGGGACUAGACUUAAAAGACCUAUCAAAAUGUCCCAUCUUAAGCCCUAUGUAAGAGAGUCCAGUGAACAAGACAGUCUUUAUCUCUUACAAGGUUCAGUCGUGGCAGAUCAUGACUACAUUGGAUUGCCUGAAAUUCCAGUUGGAGCAUACCAAGCAAAUAUUCUGGUAGAAGAUGCAACUAUUGGUGUAGUUGAUAAUGAAUUACUCACAUCAAGCAAAGAUCGUGAACUGUUAGAGUUUAGAAAUGCCAAAAUCUCUCCAUUGAUAGAAGAUCAUAGUACUCUUGAAAAGCAGACUUUCAGUCUGUUGGACUCUUCAAACCAAGUCCUUGAGUACUUAAGUUAGUAAAUACCAAAACUCACGUAAAGUGAUUGUUUAAAAAGUAUAACUCCUUGAAUCUUUAUCUUUUCCACUUAAAAAAAAAAGUUGUAUAGAAGUGUCUUGCCAUUCUCUGAAUGACUAACUCCUGAAGGUUUAUUUUAUAACUGUUAAUUUAUCUAAACUUGUGUCAUGUUUAAGUGUCAGUACAUAUAUAUAAAGGCAAAGAAAGCAUAUAAUAUAUGAAACCCACUUUUUCUUAUGAGAAUAGAAUAAGCAAAGUAUGAUUGCUUCUUACGAAAGAAACUAAAUUCCAGCUCAAGACUGUCAGAUCUUUCUCUGGUGUUGGUACCAUGUUUUCAGUUUACAGGUUUUUUUGGAUUAUUUCUCCCCUUUAAAAAACAAGUUUGAACUACCUAGAAUGGGCUUAAUAAAUAUUUAUUCAACUGUAACAGUGAAUUAAGUGAAGUUUGUUUCUGUGUCAUUGGAACUUUCAAAAAUAAUAUUGUAGGAAAGAA